AUGGCAGACAUUCACACUGAUGUCGAGGAUUCGCCGAAAACAAGGCUUCAAUCUUUACCCUUCUCGACGAUCAGAUUUGCUCAAGCUUACAAAAGUGUCGCAGCGGAUGAAAUAGAGCUGGUCAGUAAUCAUGAAGCACCGAGUGAUCGAGACCGGCGUCGACAUGUGGCCAAAGGCAUUUGCAAAGGCUUCAAAGUUGCUUCUCGACCCGCCUGGCUGCGGAAACUCUUCUGGAAAGACACGUGGAGUGAUGUAAAGAGCCUCCCGUGGGGCUGGCUCGGGCGUCGCUUCCUCUCUCACAUUCUACCGCUUAUGAUGAUUACGGUCAUGUUGGUUCUGCUCGUCUUGAUGUCACUAUCUCCAGAAAUGUUCACAGGUGAUACUGGCGAUUUCUGCAAGCCUGAUGGAACUUUCUCGCUUUCCUUUGAUGGAUAUACUCCCUGGAAGCAAGAUGCAAUCUUUGCCAUCAAUCUCAAGUUUGGCAAAUAUAAGUUUCGUGAAGCGAAGCUCAUUGAUAUUUGUUGGGAUCUUGGCGUUGGCAGAGGAGGCCAGGCGUUUCUAGCCAUCUUCUCAUACUUGAUAUUCACCAAAGGACUUUCUCGCACAAUGGAAGCUUCUUCUGUCUCCCAUGAUACGUUCAAAGCUGUUACUUUGCAGAAUGAUACCAUUACAGGAACGGCAGUUUUGAUCAAAAGUUUCUUCAAAACAGGCGGUCGCCGUGCUAAAUUAGCGAUAUUUUGGACGAUCAUCGCUAGCUUAUUCAUUCUGUUUGUACCGACUUGGCUUAGCGCAAUGACAGGCUACACAGCUGAUAUCAAGUCAUUCGUUCAAGACAAGGAGAGUAAUUUAGCGCCUGCAGAAAAUUUUAAGCCUGUCAUUUAUACAAUACAUGACGGCGCAAGAUUUGGGAACGGCUUUUCUAACGAGACUAGGCGUGUUGUCCCGUGGGCAUCAAAUAUGGGACAGCUUGAUCUUCUUAAUAGAUAUGGUUGCAACUACUACAUGCGACACCGCAUAGUUCAAUUUAACCCUACCGACGGAAAUAUACACUUCGAUCCACAGACGGUUAUUGAUUGCAAAUGGAUGUGGGCUGUCUCAAAGUAUGUCUCUGACUACGGCUUCUUCGGAAAGUCAACUGCUCUCAAUACAACAUUCCACCAGCCUGAUGGAUCGAACAUUACCACACCCGUUGUAUUCAGUCCUGCUUUGAACAUCUCAGCACAUCUCGCAAUCCCUACUUCGAAAAUCGCAGCACAUUAUUUUUCUGGCUGGGUUGGAAACGGUUGGUAUAACACCCCACACGGACGAGCUUGGCGAAAUCCAGAUGAUGGACAGCACACCUUCAACGUCUCGAACCCUGUUUUCUGGGAUUCUAGCAGUGAGACACUCUACAAUCUCUCACAAUUCAACUUGGCUGGAAGUUGUCUGCAACAAGGCCCGGUCAUGUAUAAGUGGGGCUUCUCCUUUCUUCUGCUCUAUGUCUUUCUGAUCACCUUCCUUGCUUGGACCAUUGGCAUGUGGGCGUACUACCUCGAUUCCUGGCUUCAUUCUCGUCUUGAUGGUUCACGACGAAUCGGUGUUGAGCGCGCAGUCCUCGACUUGUCAAAAUCAAUGCAAUCAAAGAUUAACGCAGACCAAUCGACUUGCAUGUCGACACUCGCUGGAACCAAUACAGCCACUGGUGGCGGGACUUUCGUUUCAAGCAGUGGGCAAAAGAUGAGAAGUGGUGGCUUGGCGCUAUGA